UUAUCGCCAUGGUCAUCACGACACUCUUCACUGUUGUUGAAGCAGUACUUGAUUUAAUGAUUUAAUGUUCGCGUGAUGCUAAUUGUUACCCCUUUUGACACACUUCUAGGAGGCUAUACUCUAACGAUUGAUACAAAUCUGUUUAGAGUAGACUCUGCUUUUCGCUAUGAAUGAAACCAAAUCGUGGAAGUUAUACCUCAAUGAAUAUAUUUCUGAGAACUUCGUAUUCGCUGUUCGUUACUUGACAAUGCGGCACAUUGGAAAAGAAGAAAAGUACUUCGACUUGAUUUUUCGUGAAUCAAUCAGGUUAUCCACCAUCCCAUUUUCAGGUUGUGGUGGAUCUUGUGGCUCGGAGCAUCCUUGGGGGCAUGCAUAUUCUCUAUGGUUAAGAUGUACGAGAAGUGGGAUGCUGAUCCGGUUACCAUUGUGUAUGGUUCUGAUCUGAUGCCUGUGUCGACGAUCCCGUUUCCGGCCAUCACAGUUUGUCCUCUAUCGAAAUCACGUGCGGAUAUGUUCAAUUUGACAUGGGCGUUGGAAAUGAUGGAUCGAAAUGCUACGAUGUUGGAUGGAGACAUCGAAAGUAAGCUACGUGCUCUGGCGCAUGUUUGCGAUUUUCAAAAGAGUCUGACGAAACAUAAUUCGACAGGAAAGGGAAAUAUCGUUGACAAUCUACGAGUUAUGACACAACCGCUGGAAACCAUAAUGGUUCAUUGUUGGUGGAGAUCGAGAGAUAUUCCGUGUAAAAGUAUAAUGAUGGAACGCUUGGUAGAUGAUGGAAUUUGUUAUACGUUCAACUCAUUGGCUCUGGAAGAAAUCUACAGAAAGGAGCAGAUCUCACCUGACUUUCUGAACUUCUCCAAUAAACCCCCUCCUUCCGACUGGACUCAUGAGCAUGGAUAUCGCACAGGAGCAGGAUUUAAUGCAUAUCCGCAUCGACCUCUUUCCAAUGGAAUGAUCACAGGAGUUGUAUUAGGGAUGACCGUUAAUCGCGUUGACCAAGAGCCCUUGUGCAUGGGGCCGUAUGCAGGUUUCAAAUUCUCAAUCCAUUCUCCAGACGAGUUUCCUGUAACAGGAGAUCUAUUUUAUCGCUUGAAUAAUAUGAGUGCUGCUUUCGUGACCGUGAGCCCACAGGUCCACAAAGCGUCUGAACUGCUUAGAUCCAUCGAUCCAAUCAAGAGGAAAUGCUUUUACGCCGACGAAUAUUAUCUUCAAUUUUUCCGGCAUUACAAUGCCGUCAACUGUAUUGUUGAAUGUGUUGCCAACUAUACGUUGAUGAAAUGUGGCUGCGUAAAAUUCUCCAUGCCUCGAUUGGCCGAUACAAAAGUUUGCGAUGUAGACAAAAUAGACUGUUAUAAUAAUGCCCUUAAUGUAUUGUUCGAGUUAACUGUAAAGGCAAAAUUGGCCGGGAAGAAACACUACUUUUGCCAUUGUCUUCCUUCAUGUGCGUCGAUUCAAUAUGAGGUGGGGUAUACGCAAAUGCCCAUCAACGACUUACCAUUCAAGUUGGACUUCAUGCGUGAUAACGCAGAUCCUGGGGUGAUGUUCGUUUCGUUGAGAGAAAGACACUACUUCCCAUUGUGGCGCAUAGAACAAAUGGGAAUGAACCAGGCCAUUGCGCAGCUCGGAGGUCUGUUUGCGCUUCUGAUGGGAUCCAGUAUGCUGAGUUUGGCGGAAAUUGUAUACUAUUGUUGCGUUCGACGAUUCAGAAGAGAUCUACCAAGACUACAGCAGAGAAACAGUAAACAACGUGUGCGGAGUCGUGGUCAUCGGAUCCAUCUACGUGUUGAACCAUAUGCAAGAAAGCAGAAAUGGUUUGAAGGAUUUUAGCCGGUUUGUUGCAAUAUAAGUAAAUUUUGAAAAUAAAAUCUUUAUAUCAGUUUAUCAGA